UCAUGUUAGGCGCGCAACUAAACACCAUCUAAUAAUUUUUGCCACAAUGGCAGUGACGGAAAUUUUAUUAAGUAUUUUUCUCGCGCUUGUCGCUGGCGUCUUUUAUAUUACACGUCGCAAUUUGACUUACUGGCAAAGGAAAGGCAUCCCUUGUGAUCCGCCAGAUUGGCUAUUUGGUAAUCUUAAGGGUUUGAUGAAAACAGUCAGCUUUGCCGAAGCUUUCACAAGAAUCUAUAAGCAUCAUCUGGGUACGGGUCCUUUUUGUGGUUUUUACUUCUUUCAAAGGCCAGCCGUUAUGGUUUUGUCCCCCGAUUUGACAAAACAAGUGCUGAUUAAGGACUUUAGUAAUUUCGUUGAUCGCGGUAAUUUCAGCAAUCCAAAAGAUGAUCCACUCUCUGGACAUUUGUUUGCGCUUGAUAGCCAAAAGUGGCGUGUUAUGCGCAACAAACUAUCGCCCACUUUUACCUCCGGCCAAAUGAAAUACAUGUUUCCCACGGUGACUGCGGUAGCUGAGCGAUUCGUGGAAACCUUAGACGGUGAGCUCGCAAAGAGCAACGUUAUCGAGAUUAAAGACAUCAUGGCGCGUUUCACCACCGAUGUGAUUGGAUCGUGCGCUUUUGGCAUUGAAUGCAACAGUCUGAAGGAUCCGGAUGCCAUAUUUCGUAGAAUGGGACGUAGCGUUCUCACUAAUCGUCGGCAUUCGAACUUCGUUAAUAGCUUAAUUCACGCGGCGCCGAAAUUGGCUCGUAAGCUGCACGUGCGUAUAUUUCCAGAUGAAAUUACCAAUUUCUUUAUAAAUAUUGUACGCGAGGCUGUGGAAUACAGGGAGAAGAACAAUGUGCAUCGGAAGGACUUUUUGAACAUACUGAUGGAAUUGAAUAAAGGAAAGUUGAAAUUCGCUGAUAAAAUGGAUGAGAAGGGUCUAACCGUCGAGGAAAUGGCGGCACAGUCGUUUGUAUUCUUUGUAGGUGGCUUUGAGACAUCGUCGUCGACACUGUCAUUCAUGUUGUAUGAGCUCGCGCAGAAUUUGGCGAUUCAGCGGCGCAUGCGCGAAGAAAUCACGGAGACGCUAGCGCAAUACGACAACGAGGUAACAUACGAAUGCAUCAAUUCAAUGCCGUACAUGAAGCAAGUCAUUGCAGAGACGCUACGCAUCUAUCCAAUUUUACCGCAUCUCCAACGUGUGGCUCUGAAGGAUUACGUUGUGCCUGACCAGCCGAAUUACGUGAUCGAAAAGGGCAUGACCGUAUAUAUACCAGUCAUGGGUAUACACCACAAUCCUGAAAUUUAUCCCGAGCCAGAGAAGUUCAACCCGGAUCGUUUUUCUCCAGAAGUGAAGGAGUCCCGGGACGCCAUCAAUUGGCUGCCAUUCGGCGAUGGUUCACGCAAUUGUAUUGGUAUGCGAUUUGCACAAAUGCAGAUGCGCGUCGCCUUAAUUUACCUGCUGCGUAAUUUCGAGUUUUCUACUUGCGAGUUAACAGAAAUCCCCUUGCAAAUGAAUCCAAAGCAGUUUUUGACAUCCAGCACAAAUGGAAUAUACUUGCAACUGAAGCGUGUUUUCCAAAGUUGCAUUCAAACAAAACGAUCGACUUGCCGCUUUCUCGCCAUCAUGUUGCUCACACAAAUGUUACUCAUCAUUCUCUUAGGCCUCGUGGGUUACUUCGCCUACUGGCUACGAAAACGUUUGAACUAUUGGCAGGAUUUGGGCAUACCCUGCAACCAGCCCCACUACUUGUUAGGCAAUUUGGUUGGCGUGCAAAAGACGCGCUCGUUUGCGGAAAUUGCGCUAUCCACUUACAGAAAAUUCAAGGGCACUGGCCCGUUCUGCGGCUUCUAUUGGCUACAGCGCCCAACGGCUUUUGUGCUCGACACAAGCUUGGCCAAAGCUAUACUCAUCAAAGAUUUUAACAAGUUCACUGAUCGCGGCUUCUAUACGAACCCAGAUGAUGACCCACUUACUGGACACCUUUUUUCGUUAGACGGACAUAAAUGGCGUGUGAUGCGCAACAAGCUCUCACCCACAUUCACAUCGGGUAAGAUGAAGCAAAUGUUUCCAACUGUUACGCGUGUGGGCGCUGAGUUGGUGAAUGUUGUGGCUGCGGCAUUGAGUGAUGGUUCGACACUUGAGGUGCGAGAUUUUCUAGGGCGCUUCACCACCGACGUGAUUGGUUCGUGCGCUUUUGGCAUCGACUGCAACAGCCUAAAGAAUCCUAAGGAUCCAUUCCGGGAGAUGGGUCGGCGUGUAUUUAUAGAUCAGCGUCAUAGCCUGGUAGGCAUUGCAUUUAUUAUACUCUUUCCAAAAUUGUGUCGACGUCUGCAUAUCAAAUUAACACCCGACCACAUCACCGAAUUUUAUAUGCGCAUCGUGCGCGAGAAUAUCGAAUAUCGGGAGAAGAAUGGCAUUAGACGCAAUGAUUUCUUUGACAUGCUAUUGGAGCUGAAGAAUAAUAAGAUGAUGAAGACCGAGGAUGGUCAGGCGAUGACGAAUAUAACGGUGGAGGAGCUGGCCGCGCAGGCAUUCGUAUUCUUGGUGGCCGGGUUUGAGACCUCAUCGACCACAAUGGGCUUCGCCCUGUACGAGUUGGCGCAGCAUGAGCAUAUACAACAGCGUGCACGUGAGGAAGUAUGUGAGGUGCUGACGAAGCAUAACGGCGAGUUCACCUAUGAGUGCAUGAAGGAAAUGAGCUACUUAAAUCAAGUAAUAUCAGAAACAUUGCGGAAGCAUACAAUAGUGCCGAUGCUUACGCGCGAGUGCUUGGAGGACUAUCAAGUCGCUGGCUAUCCGAAGUACCAGAUCAAGAAGGGCAUGUUUGUGGUGAUACCGGCGGUGGGUAUACACUUCGACGAAGACUACUACCCCAAUCCGGAAGAGUUCAAUCCCGACAACUUCACAGCGGAAAAAGUGGCGCAACGCGACUCCAUUGAGUGGCUGCCGUUCGGCGAUGGUCCACGCAAUUGUAUUGGUUUGCGUUUCGGUCUGAUGCAGGCGCGCAUCGGUUUGGCGUACUUGCUGAAGAAUUUCAAAUUCGAUGUUUGUGAAAAAACCCAAAUUCCGAUACAGUACAACAAGAAGACAUUCAUUUCGAUGGCAGAGAGUGACGUUUACUUGCGAGUGGAAAAAGUUGUAGAGUGAAUUUGACGGACUAAUGUCUGAGAUUGUGUAAGAGAUUAAUGUUUAUUUGAAUUAAAAUAAUCUAAAACACAUAUGUAUAUUUUUUAAGUAAAAUAAAUUAAAAUGUAUGGUUAAUUCUUUUAAUGAGAAUACUUAUCCUUUAUGCUCAGU